AUGCCGAAACCUUCCUCCUAUGACCAGCUGCGAAAGACUUCUGAACCUCCUCGCCCUGUCACGAUGAAUAGUAAUGAUAAUAAUCAAGGUAAAGAUAAUAAUGAUACCACGAAUACUACCAGUAGUGGUAAUAAUGGAGGAACCCGUGCUGUUACAUCACCGUCUUCAUUAUCAGCCUUCCCUACCCCCUCUGCCUCCAACGUUGCCCUCCACUCAGCCGUGGGCAAUCGCAUUAGAACACUGCCUCGAACCUCCUCAAUAGACUCUGCUAUCUCUUCUAUCUCUUCUGCACAUUCGCAUAAAUCGUCUCUCGACACUGGUACCGUUUCCCCGGAAGAGAUCGCUAGUAUCAUUGCCGCUGCCGGCUCCGCGGAAGCGGUCAUUAUACAUCUGCUCAAGGAGAAGCAGCAGGCUGCAUCGCAGAAUGCGCAGUUGUGGAGAUUAGUAGAUAAGCAGCGCACGAUGGUUCUAGGAUUGAAUAAAGAUCUAGAACGCGCUGUGAGGGAUAAGGAGCGUUAUAGGAAGAAGCUUCAUGAGCUGCAGAAUAGCGCGCCUGCUGUUCCUAAGGCAUCUGCGCAGACGGGAGGAGGAGAUAAUAACGUUUUCAAUGAUACAGUCUCUGGACUUGAUGAAGCAAAACUUUUGUCAAACGCAACAGGCCAGAGUUUACAGGAUGGCACUUCAAUUUACACUACGUCAUUUCAUGUGUCUCGUUCGCAAACGGAGCAUUCGCUAAAUAGAGGAGGUACUCCCAAUUCAAAUCUAUCCAGCCCCUCCGCAAGUGACAGCACGAGGACAGAACAGCGGACGGAUAGUAGUAACAAUAACAACCAGAAAUUGCACCAUUCUCCCACAGACUUGUUUAUGCAUGAAAAGCAAAGUAAUCCGGCGCAAAUAUCAAGCAUUAAAGUCGAUAACGACAAGACGGAUUCAUCUUCAAAUGAUACUUACAGCCAGCAUCUUAGGGGGACUGAUAUGCUGAAGCAAACACCGCCUCUCAGAAAACCACCUCCCGCUCCACUGAACCUUAGACAAACCGAAAAAAUGCAUUCCCCGUCUUCACGAGCAAAUAUAGCGGUUGGUGACGACUCGGAUUACGGCGAGACGAUGGACAUCGACGAGAUUCCCAAAACAGAGAAGCGCGGUAGAAGAAAAACUAGAGAAGAAGACGAUCGCGAGCGUGAGGUGCUGUUGCUCAAGGAGCAAGCUGCUCGCAGCGCAUCGAGUAAAAUGAAAUCAAAAAUGCAAAAUCAGCAAUCCGAGGCUAUGCAGAGUAUCCACAUAUCACGGUCUCAGGCCUCUACGGGAAUUAACCCUCAGGCUGGGAAUCGAAUAGUUGCCCACUCUCCACCCGCGGGGCUUUCUGGACAAAUCCAACCGCUCGACUCGCUUGCGUCCAUGUUGAGCCCACCCGUGAGCGAUUCGGCCUCAUCUGAUAAGGACAGGAUGGUCAUCUCUCCUCCCAUGAGUCCGGGGUUGCCACUGAGUCCACGACCAGGAGAUCGUCCGCUGGGUUCUCCGCUCCCUCGUUUCCCCAAAGACUUCCAAGGUAAUUUAGCAUCGCCGCCUAUUUCGCCGAGACACGGCCUCCCUCUGUCUCCUCGUGCCAACAAAAUUCCUCCCGCUGCCUUUCCUGACCCCGUGACGACGUCUUCUCUUGCUGCAGCUGCUUCUACAGUGGAAAGUAACUCUCCCACGAAACCGUCCGAUCCUCGAAUUCCGUCCCUUGUUAAACCUCAAUUUGAGCGUAACACGAAGCUAGACAUUCCAACCUUCGAUUCUUCCGUCAAGAUCGACAGUCCCACCACCACUUCUUCCCAGGAGCCCUUAGACCGCAUCUAUCGGGGCCUGGUCUCAGACCAAUACCCCGAUCUCCUCUUACCUCCCAACGCCCUAACUUCCAUCGACAUCAAAGUUGCCUCAUCCCGCCUACGGCCGUCGCGUAAUAGCUACCUUGCCCUAAAACCAGGGGAGGAAGAGCCUGUUUUCACCCUUAGUGUUUUUUCGCGGGCGAACCGUGCAGAGCUAUGGCGGGUCGAGAAGGUUAUUCUUGCCCUGCCGCAGUUGGAUCAGCAGUUGAAGCAGGUAUCCAAUUUCUCCGGAAAAUUGCCGGAUCGGUCGAUUUUUAGUGGUCAUUCACCUGCAAAAGUGGAUGCGAGGCGAGCCGCGCUGAACAGCUAUUUUGAAUCUAUACUUGAGACGGUUACGGAUGUGGCGGGUGCGCUGGUGGUGUGCCAGUUUCUCACGGCAGAUGCGAUUGAGCCGCGGGAUGAUGAAACGAGUUUAAUCAACGGGGAACAUAAGGGGAGGCCUUCGUAUCCGCUAGGUCCUGAUGGGAAACCAAGGAUUGAAGGUUACUUGACAAAGCGGGGGAAGAAUUUUGGGGGAUGGAAAGCACGGUAUUUUGUCCUCGAUGGUCCGGAGUUGAGAUACUAUGAAUCACCUGGUGGACCGCAUAUGGGCACUAUUAAGAUUCAUCAUGCACAGAUUGGCAAACAGUCUCAGCCCACCAAUACCAACCAGUCUCCUUCUCUCGCGGAUGACGAUUCUGAUAAUCAGUAUCGACAUGCCUUUCUCAUUUUGGAGCCGAAAAAGAAGGACUCUUCUGCACUGGUGAGGCAUGUGCUCUGUGCGGAGAGUGAUGAGGAGCGGGACUCAUGGGUUGAGGCGUUGUUGAGUUAUGUGGAGGCCCCGGACGAGGAGGAGGAUGCUGGUCGCUAUCACCAACAUUUCAACCAUAACUAUACUCAGCAAUUAUCGAAGAACGACGGCUCCUCCAAGGCUUCGCGUCUGCUCCCCUCCAGCUCUCGUAAGGGUAGCAAGGAAAUAGAUAGCCCCGAAUCCCUCGAUUCGUCUGAUAAACUACGCUCCUUCAGCUACGACGACGUCGUUGCCGCCGAAGCGCCUGUGCGUGGACAGUCCGGCAACAAAAACUCCUCACAGAUGCCAUGGGAUCAAAUUAUGCAUCAAUGCACACCACAAACGUACUCCGCCAAGAACAUAUCCGGUCCCACGAAUGGUGCUAAAAUCCAAGAUGCAGGCGCGUGGGGUAACAAGGUCGCUCCAUCUUAUCCUUCCGCUCCAUCAACGAGUACGAAAGAGAAGAAGCGGUCCAUCUGGGGAUUCCGCGCGACAACCUCGACAGAUCUAGCCAGCCAGCAUCAGAAUCAUGACUUGAGCAAUAUUUCGCCAACGGAGCGGCGGGAGCCUGUUCGAGCGGUCUUUGGACUUCCGCUCGCGGAUGCCGUGGAGUCUUGUGGCGUUCCUGGUCUUAAGACGGGUUUGCCGGCGGUUGUGUAUCGGUGCAUCGAGUACCUGCGCGCCAAGGAUGCGGCAUUGGAGGAAGGCAUAUUUAGGCUUAGCGGGUCGAAUGUGGUUAUCAAGGCUCUGAAGGAAAGGUUUAAUACGGAGGGUGAUUUGGACUUUCUUGCUGAGGAUACGUAUUAUGAUGUUCAUGCGGUCGCGUCGUUGUUUAAGCAGUAUUUGCGCGAGUUGCCAACGACUGUGCUUACGAGGGAUUUGCAUUUGGAUUUUAUACGGGUGCUAGAACUCGAAGACAGACAGAAUAAAAGAGCCGCCUUUAAUGCGCUCGUCCAUCGCCUGCCUACACCAAAUCUAACGCUCCUGAAAGCUCUAUCCCAAUAUCUCAUCGACAUCAUUAACAACUCAGAUGUGAACAAAAUGACCGUGCGCAACGUCGGCAUCGUCUUCGCGCCAACCCUUAACAUUCCCGCCCCCGUCUUCUCCAUGUUUCUCACAGACUUUGAAAGCAUCUUCAGCGAACCAGUUGGUGACUUUUUGAUACGGCCUGUGGAGAUUGCAGUGGAUAAUAGGGCCGCGGGAAGGCUGGCGCCGGAGGAUAUUCGAUCGCCUAGACAUCAGAUCUUUUCAGAUUUGCCGACGCCGUCGUAUAGCCAGGCAACCUUCCCGAUGUCGGACGGGCACGGAAACCCACAGCAGCGACGAGAGCGGGACCGUGACAAGUAUGACACAGGUUUCAUACCCAUGCAACCGACAUAUGAGCAGCAUGUGCUGGGUGCUGCGGACCCGUAUAACUCCAUGAGCAGCUUGCUAACACCUCCAGGUGGCAACAAUAGUAAUAAUAAUAACGGUAAUGGUAAUAGUAAUAUGGUGGCGACGAAGGCCAAGCGCCGUGAGAGUAAUUUGCUCUUUAUGAAUUUGGGGAAUAGGAGAAGUGGGAUGCCAGGAAGCCAGAGGGGGAAGGAUGAUAAAUCUAUGGUUUCUGAGGACUCUGCAUUCGAGUGA